AUGGCCGGCCUCCAGCAUCACAAGGUCGCCAUGGACCCGGCGUUUGUCCGGUUGAACAACAUGCAAAUCAAUCGCUACAAGUACUUCCGCUGGACCCCCCGAACCGGCUUCCUCACCACCCUCUACGUCUUUGUCAUCCCCGGAAUCGUGGGUUACAUCGGCUGGAAGUGGGAUGGCGCCUGGGACCUCCGAGCAAAGCGCAGGGGAGAUCUCCUCGCCGAGCGCUAAACGUGGGAGGCCAGCGGAGGGGAAGUGUACAUAUCUUGAUGAGAAGGGGGCGUCAAAGACAGACACAAAGCAAGCUGUCAGGGGGGGUUACACAACAGAACCAUUUCUAGGGUGCAAGAUCAGAAUGAUGUGCUUUGCUUUGGUGACUGUGGAUAUGUUAUCAUUGCCUGAGGCAGACAAAUCCCGUAUAUAUAAAAGUUUACCACUUCCACAGUGAAGCGUGUCUCUCGCUGCAUCACAGACCC